AUGGAGCUGUGCGGGCGUCAGAAAGUCGUACAGCGCAAGAUGGUGCUCCUCGGCGACGGUGCUUGCGGCAAGACUUCUGCGUUGAACGUCUUUACAAGAGGUGAACCUACGGUCUUUGAAAACUACGUCCACGAUAUCUUCGUCGACAAUGUACAUAUGGAACUGUCGCUAUGGGAUACGGCUGGUCAGGAGGAAUUCGACCGCUUGCGCGCGCUGUCUUAUGAGGACACACACGUGCUCAUGCUCUGCUUUAGUGUCGAUAGCCCAGAUUCUUUUGAGAACGUCGGGUCUAAGUGGAUUGCUGAAAUCAAUGAGAACUGUCCUGGCGUCCGCGUCUGUCUUACCGCGCUCAAGUGCGACUUGCGGAAAGAUGAUGAGAUGAAUGAUAACCCCAACACAAUUUCGUUCGAUCAGGGCCUGGCUAAGGCGAAGGAGAUUGGCGCUGUGAAGUACUUGGAAUGCUCUGCUGUCCAAAACCGCGGCAUUAGGGAAAGCUUCUACGAGGCGGCCAAGGUUGCUCUUGAGGUCAAGCCUGCAGAUUCAAAGAGCUCGAGUUCGUCAUGUGUGAUCCUCUGA